UCCUGAGAUUCAUCACGCUUGAGCAAUAAACCACGUCAAGUGGUUCAGGAGAAACAGUCUUCCAACUCAAAACUGUGCUUUGUUUCUUUUAUUCCAUCUUCCUUGUUAUCCCUGCUUCCAUACAGCAUUGCUUCCUCACUGACAGAAAAAUGGCCUCACCUAUCUCGGCAAUCGGAUUUGAAGGUUAUGAGAAAAGACUCGAGAUUUCAUUCUGUGAGCCUGGAAUAAUUGCUGAUCCUAGGGCCCAUGGUCUCCGCUCUCUUUCAAAAGAUCAGUUGGAUGAAAUACUUGAGCCAGCGCAAUGCACCAUCGUAUCCUCGUUAAAGAACACUGAAGUUGAUUCCUAUGUCCUCUCUGAAUCUAGCCUUUUCGUGUACCCAUACAAGAUAAUAGUGAAAACUUGCGGGACAACUAAACUGCUGCUUUCAGUCCCACCUAUCCUUAAGUUUGCUGAUUCACUUGGACUUACUGUGAGCUCUGUUAUAUACACUCGUGGAACAUUCAUAUUCCCAAGUGCCCAGCCAUUUCCACAUCGGCACUUUAGUGAUGAAGUGGCUGUUCUCGAUAGCUAUUUUAGCAAACGUGGCCUGAGCAGCAAAGCCUCUGUGACUGGUGGUGCUGAUGGACAUGGGAAAUGGCACACUUACUCUGCUUGUGCUCAAGCAACCAGCAAUAUGGAUCCUGUUUAUACCUUAGAGGUGUGCAUGACGAACUUGGACAAGAAGAAGGCUUCUGUGUUUUUCAAGAAACACUCGAGCUCUGCUGCUGUCAUGACAGAAGCUUCAGGUAUCAGGAAAAUUCUUCCUGGGUCCAAGAUAUGUGACUUUGAUUUUGACCCCUGUGGCUACUCCAUGAAUGCUAUAGAAGGAAGUGCAAUCUCGAAUAUUCAUGUGACACCAGAAGAUGGGUUCAGUUAUGCAAGUUUUGAGGCUGCUGGUUAUGAUUUCAGAGUUCUUGAUCUUAGUCAGAUGGUCGAGAGGGUGUUGGCGUGCUUCAGGCCUGCAAAGUUUUCUGUGGCCUUGCAUACUUCUGUUGGUGAGAAAUGUUUGAAUCCAGAAUUUUCUUUGGAUGUGAAGGGAUACUUCUGCAGAGAAAGGAGCUAUGAUUCCCUCGCAGAAGGAGGUUCAAUUCUCUACAGCAGCUUCUCCAGCAGCUACAGCUUUCCCAGAUCAAUCCUCAAACCCAGUUGGAGCAAGGAUGGGGGUAAGAAAGUUGGGAAGACGGAGCAUCUUAUAAAUGAUAUGGAUACUGCUACAAAUUUGUCAAUGGUCCAUAUGAGUAGCAGCAUGGUUAAGCCUCGGUUUCACUCUAGGCUUUAGGGUGGUCAAGUGCGGUUUUAUGGUUUCUAUUCUAGUUUCUUGUCAUUGUUGGAUUGGUGACUUUUGUCUCUUUUAUUGUGCUUGCAUUACCUUACUCAAAUUUUAUCUGGAUUGUCAUUGUCAAAAGCUGUGAUUCUGGGAUAGGAUAAAUUGGAAGGUUGUUUUUCAA